AGGUUUGAAAAGGGAAGAAUCUACACAUUUAUUGGGGAAGUGGUGGUCUCGGUGAACCCCUACAAGAACCUUCCAAUCUAUGGGAAAGAUGUGAUUGAACAGUAUAAAGGGAGGGAGCUGUAUGAGAGACCCCCUCACCUCUUCUCUAUCGCUGAUGCUGCAUACAAGGCUAUGAAAAGACGAUGUAAAGACACCUGUAUAGUUAUAUCAGGGGAGAGCGGCGCCGGUAAGACUGAAGCCAGUAAAUACAUUAUGCAGUACAUAGCUGCCAUCACCAAUCCUAGCCAGAGGGCAGAGGUUGAGAGGGUAAAGAACAUGCUGCUCAAGUCCAACUGUGUCUUAGAAGCCUUUGGCAACGCCAAGACUAAUAGAAACGACAACUCCAGCCGGUUUGGAAAGUACAUGGACAUUAACUUUGACUUCAAAGGGGAUCCUAUUGGUGGCCACAUCAAUAACUACUUAUUAGAGAAGUCCCGUGUCAUCAUCCAGCAGCUGGGGGAGAGAAACUUCCACUCCUUUUAUCAGUUAAUCUUGGGAGCACCAGAGCAGACACUGCGUUCCCUUCAUCUCCAGAAGGAUAUCUCUUCCUACACUUACACCCGCAGCUUGGCAGGGGUCAAGCCUUCAAUUAAUGAUACAGCCGAGUUCAAAGAGGUGUCAGAGGCGAUGAAAGUGAUUGGGUUUAAACCAGAGGAGAUCCAGACUGUCCAUAAAAUCCUGGCUACUAUUCUACAUCUGGGUAAUUUGAAGUUUACUGUGGAUGGAGAUACCCCCGUCAUUGAGAAUGGUAAAGUUGUCUCUGUAGUGGCGGACCUCCUGGGCUCAAAAGCUGAUCUUCUGGAGAAGGCUUUGCUCUUCAGGACAGUGGCCACUGGCAGAGAUGUUAUUGACAAGCAGCACACCGAGCAGGAGGCUAGUUAUGGCCGAGAUGCGUUUGCUAAGGCCAUCUAUGAACGCCUAUUCUGCUGGAUUGUCAGUCGUAUCAACGACGUGAUUGAUGUGAAAAAACAAGAUGCGGCUCUUCAUGGGAAAAACACAGUGAUUGGUGUGCUGGACAUUUACGGGUUUGAGAUCUUUGACAAUAACAGCUUUGAGCAGUUCUGCAUUAAUUAUUGCAAUGAAAAACUACAGCAGCUGUUCAUCCAGCUCGUUCUGACGCAGGAGCAGGAAGAAUACAAGAGAGAAGGGAUUCCCUGGAAACAUAUAGAUUAUUUCAACAACCAGAUCAUUGUGGACCUGGUGGAGCAGCAACAUCGUGGGAUCAUUUCCUUGUUGGAUGAUGCUUGUAUGAAUGUGGGAAAAGUGACAGACGCCAUGUUCCUGGAUGCACUGAAUAAGCAGUUGGGAAAGCAUGCCCAUUACUCCAGUAGGAAGGUCACUCCAACAGAUAAAGCUCUGGAAUAUGACCGAGAUUUCCGAAUCCGUCACUACGCUGGGGAUGUAGUUUACUCAGUGGUGGGAUUUAUUGAUAAGAACAAAGACACAUUGUUCCAGGACUUCAAGAGACUCAUGUAUAACAGCUCCAACCCUGUGUUGAAAAACAUGUGGCCCGAGGGAAAACUGAGCAUCACAGAGGUCACCAAACGUCCCCUGACAGCUGCCACCCUCUUCAAGAACUCCAUGAUUGCCCUGGUGGAUAACCUGGCAUCUAAGGAGCCCUACUAUGUUCGCUGCGUAAAACCAAAUGAGAAGAAGUCACCAUCUUUGUUUGAUGAAGAGCGUUGCCGUCACCAGGUGGAGUAUUUGGGUUUACUUGAAAACGUUCGUGUCCGGCGAGCUGGUUUCGCAUAUCGGCAAGUGUAUGAGCGGUUUCUCCAUAGGUACAAGAUGAUCUCCCAGCUAACCUGGCCUAACCACGACUUGCCUUCAGAUAAAGCUGCUGUGCAGAAGCUGCUGGAGGAAUGUGGAUUUCACCAGGAUGCUGCUUACGGCAAAACCAAGGUUUUUAUUCGUACCCCGCGUACCCUGUUCUCCCUGGAAGAGAAGCGGAGUUUGAUGCUAAUCAGGAUCAUUCUUUUCCUGCAGAAGAUGUGGAGGGGAACAUUGGCUCGCUGGCAAUAUAAGAGAACCAAAGCAGCCCUCAAAAUAAUGCGGUACUACCGACGCUACAAAGUAAAGUCCUACAUCAAGGAGGUUGUCCGCAGGUUUAAUGGUGUUCGGAACAGCAGGGAUUAUGGGAAGAAUGUCAAAUGGCCUACACCUCCAAAGGUGCUUCGUUCCUUCCAGGAAUUCCUGCAGAGAGCCUUCCACAGGUGGAGGGCAUACCACAUAAUAAAAACUAUACCUCCCGCUGACAUACCAAAAAUCAAGGCCAAAGUGGCUGCAUUUGAGAACCUCAAAGGUCAGCGAGCUGACUUGGGGCUACAGAGACGAUGGGAAGGCAGUUACCUUGCUUUGAAACAAGAGAACAGCCAAGACUCAGAGGUGUUCGUAUCCCGGGCUAAUGAGCUGCAGAGGAAAGACAAGUUCAUGCAGCCUCUCUUCUCCUGUCGUGUACGAAAGGUGAACCGAUUUAACAAGGUAGAAGAUCGAGCCAUCUUUAUAACAGACAGACACCUGUAUAAAAUGGAUCCCAGCAAGCAGUAUAAAGUUAUGACUAGCACUCCACUUUAUAAUGUGUCCGGCAUCAGUGUGACUAAUGGGAAGGACCAGCUGGUCAUUUUUCAUACCAAGGACCGGAAAGACCUUAUCGUAUGUAUGAUGUUUGCUGGACAGUCAGCCCAGGAGAGUCAUGUGGGGGAACUUGUUUGGAGUCCUGGCCAGUCACUUUAAGAGUGAGAAGAGGCUCCUCCCGGUUACCGUUGGGCACCCAGUCCAGUGUAGCCAACAUGGCAAAUCCUGCUCCAUCAUCGUGGAAACCAAAAUCAACCAAUCACAGCCUCACUUCAACAAAGGACGUUCCGGUUUUACCUUGAGUGUGCCAGCCAACUAA